UCAAGAGAGUUGGGAUACCCUUCUCAGCCCUUACCUCCACAAGUUAUUGAACCGUUGCAAACGACCGGCAGUUCCUGCCAUGCGAGCUGGUCUCGUGUUCCUGUUGACCAGCGCGUUGGCUGAACCGCUAUGCAUAUCCGAAGACUGUUCCGCGCUGGAUGACACCUCAUUCUUGCAGGAGAAGCUACAGGUGAGCCAUCAGCUAGCAGCCUACGAUCGAACUAUCAGCAAGGCGGUCCAGGCGGAGGAAGCCGCGCUAGUUCCAGCGGCACAGACUUUGAUCGACAAAGAAACCUUCGGCAAGCGUAUCGUGCAUUUUCCGCCCUGGGUCUACCUAGCCCUCUUGGCCGUCUUGAUUGUGGCCUUUGUCCACGAGGUGUUCGUGUCCAGAGGCAUGACACCAAUCGGUGUGCGAGGGCCAGCGAACCUGUCGCUGAGUAUCCAAAUUAUGGGUCUUUGGAACAGCGCAGCUGGCUUCAUUGGCAUGUCGAUGCAGAUUCCCAUUUCCUUGGACUUCGCCUUGUCGCUCAAUCGAGGAGCCACCGAAUCUGGUCUUUUCCUCAGUUGUGGUGUGAUCACUGGAUUGAUGGCCAUGGUGGCGGGCAAGUGGCUGAUUGACGAAAACAACUGGGAUCAGUUCUACGUCCGCCGCUUGAUGAUCUACCUCCCGAUCGCUGGCGCCUUGCUGAGCUUGGUCUCAGCCGUCUUUGUGAACGAGACUGCGACCAGUGAGAACACGCAGAUGGUUUGGUGGACCAUGUUAGCUUUCGUGCAGAUUGGUGCCUUCAUCGGGCCUUUGUGCGUCGUCCCGGGCAUCAUCUUCUGGACCAAGGUCACUCCUCACGAAAGCAAGACCUUCUGGAUGAUUCUGACGCAAGUCUCACGCAAUGUGGGCCUCGUAAUUGGUCCCUUGAUCUUCACGGUCUUGAAGCUUGCCGUCACUGGUGAUGGGGAGCGAGUCAGCCCACGAAGUAUGAUGGCCUGGAUCAAUGUGUUCCUACUUUGGUUGGGCAUGGUUAGCGGAUUAUUCGGCGUGUUUAUCAUGCCCACGGAGAUCCCCAAAGAGCCACCCCAGAGCGACGGCACGGAGGACAUCGCAGACUUCAGCGCGACGGGCGAUUCCAAGCCGGAAGAUCUGCCUGACUCGCAACGUGAGCAGAUGGUUUGGCACAUGAUUUGGUAUGCCGUCGAGCGACCCUUCACGUUGGCGGCGGUGGAAGUCUCCACCCUGAUGAUGCUGGAAGUCUACUAUGGCUGGGAUCCCUACUGGACAGGGCUUUGCUUCACGGGGGUAUGCUCUGUGGGCAUUCUGAUGUCGGCCUUCACGACAGUGAUGUUGGUCAAGGGAAGGUUCCAGGAAUCCUGGGUCUUCAUGAUUGCGGCGGCCUCGUCCAUUCUCGGUUGCUUCGUUUUGUUUGAUAUAGCUGCGACACCUGGUUGGUUUCUACUGGUGGCUGACUGCAUCAUCUACACCGGUGCCACGGUGGCCAAUGGCAUCGCGGAAGGGUGGGCCAGUCGUGCAGCGAAGGAAGGUACCAGAUUCAGCAACACCGACUACCGGGUUCGGCAGUUGUCGGCAGUGACUGUUGGUCGCUUCCUGGGUCCCAUCGUUGGCCGAUUCCUGGUGGACUAUGGUGGCCGCAAUACCUAUGCUGCAUGUCAGCUCGUGGCCUGUAUCUUCGGAACCAGGACGGUCUACAGGACUUGUACCUUGAUUUGGAACCAAAAUGCCCGGAAGCUGGAGGCCGCUGAAAAGGCCAAGCAGAGCAACGACAAACUGUUGAGCGUGCCUGAACCAACAGAUGAGGUGAAGACGGAGUCGACGGUGCUGUCAUUGGAAGAGCAAGCUCUGGAGGAUCAGCCUAGCACUGACGGAACGGUCUCGCAGAGAUGAAGACAUGCCGUCGGCUGCACCAAGCUUGCUUGCUUGGGUGAAGGACAGUCGAUACAAUAUGAAGCCAGGCCUAGAACCCAUGUGACCGCUGAUCAGAAGCAGACCAUCCACUUGAUUCGUG